GUCAAACUUGCCGCUAGGGUUCUCACCGUCUACAUUUGCGCCGUUUACGACCUUAUUAUAUUAUACUUGGAAUUUAUUAGAUAAACGUUUUCACUAGUUUGGACCGUCUAAACCGUCAGUAAGUUACGAUAUUUCCCAUUAAAGUAUGUUUUUGUAGUGAGAAUUAGACCUUUUUGGCACGCACAAUGUCUACAGAAGGCAUUGACCAGCCGAAUGGCGAUGCCUCAAAGGAUGACGAGGGGUCGUCACCAGUGAGCAUCCUUACAGAUCAGUCAUUAACAGCAAGCACCUCUCAAAGUACAAUAAGUGACAGCAAUAAUGUUCUCAAUGACACUGACAAUUCUGUGGACCAGAAAGUUGUGUCUGAACCCCAACCCCAUCCUGUACCAACAGCAGAUAAUCAAGAGGGUGAGGAAAUUGUAAAUAAGCAACAAACAAGUGAAAGUGAUGUCAAACCAGAUCCUGAGGAGACCUCAAAUCAGUCCAGGGAGUUAAAGUCACUGUUGGCCCUUUCAAAGGAGGCUCGGCUUGAAACCAACCUGUCUAGGAAGAGGAAGAGUUCCAGCUUGAGGAAGAAAAGUGGGAAGAGGAUUCAGUAUCCUGUGACUGCCGAGAGCGAGCUGGAGGUCGAAUUGCAAAAUUCCGAGGAGGGCUCCAAAAUGGAGCCCCAGGAUGAAGAGGGUGAAUCCAGAAAGAGGACAAGAAACAGUCUGUCAGAGGUGUCAUUAGUUGAGAGUACUAAUGAGGACACCCCUAAGAAAAAUAGGAAGUCUUUUACUUAUGAACGGAACCAUGAUGUGGUUAUUUUUAAGCCAAACAAAGAUAUGUUCUGUUGGAGAUGCCACAAAGACAAUGUUAAUAUUGCUUGUGAGACCUGCCCGAGGAGCUAUCACCAGAAAUGUUUGAAACAGACCAUAAAGGAUCCGGAACACUGGCCAUGCCCUGAAUGUGUGUCCAUUUUAAAGGCUGAAAGUACCCAAACCAGGUCUCCAGCUCUUCGAGGCAUGACCCUAGAACACCUCUGUAGCCUCCUAAAAUUCGCAGUCUACAGGAUGAUCCAGUGCCAAGGGUCUGAAUUAUUGCAGUCCGAACCCUUCGUUAAUCCUGUAAACGAAGCCGAUUUUCCCGAAUACAAAAAAUACAUUAUACAGCCGAUGGAUUUGACUUUACUGGAGAAAAAUAUCAAGGAAAACUUGUAUGGGAGCACACAAGCUUUCGAGGCUGAUGCCAAAUGGAUCUUGCACAAUAGUAUUGUCUUUAAUUCAACCCAAUCGAAACUUUCAAGCAUCGCGAAAAGUAUAAUAAAAAUUUGUAAACAAGAAAUGUCUGAGAUCGAGAACUGCCCCACGUGUUACCUGAACGCCAACACUAAAAAGAAAACUUGGUUCGUUGAAGUUUGUCCCAAACCCCAUUUACUUGUAUGGGCAAAGUUACGAGGUUUUCCAUUUUGGCCUGGCAAAGCGAUGAGCUGUAAAGAUGGUACCGUGGACGUGAGGUUCUUUGGUGCCCACGAUAGAGCGUGGGUACCGGAAAAGGAAUGUUUCCUCUACUCCCCAAAAGACCCCAAUUUAUUUAGGGUCAAAAGAAGUGAUAUUGAGCAAUGUGUAGAGGAAUUGGAGAUACAUGUGAAAAAUUUGAAAAAAGCCUUUGGAGAGUUCCACUAUCCGACUUUUAAGACUCCUCUGGAUCCAGAUAAUGAGCUGAAGCAGAUUCAAAUAUUCUUACCAAGGUACAAAGCAAACUUAAACAAGAGCAAACCGGUUCGCAGGAGCCUGGAAAAGGAAAAAGAUCCCCAGAAAGAGGAUAAUAAUCAAGAAGUGAGAUAUGUCGGCAAGAAAACGCGCAAGUCUAUUGAGAGACCUGGCAAUGAUGAGGAUAAUAUGGAGGGAUAUGGGACUGACGAUGAAUCUACGCCUCAAAUUAACACGGAACUUCGCAAGCAUUUGUUGGAGCCACAAGAAUCUCAUAAUGACAUGGAGGCGGAAGAAGAUGAUACUCAAGUGCCUGCUAGUAUUGAACCGAACGCCAAUGAUGAGGAGGAAAUUGUUCUUAGCAAAGAACAAAGUGACGAUCUGGAACCACCGAACUUGACACCAGAAUCUCCAACCAACCGUCUCUGUCCAGAAACGUCGUGCUCACUAUCGCCAAAUCGUCAAAACAGCGACCCAAAAGAACCAACGACGAAGCUCUCGGACAAAAUAAAUCGCGUGGACGUCCUCGAAGACCUGGAAAUCAGCCUCGAUAAGGGCACAGUUUGCGUCGAAAACAUUUCGUCUAGUAACAGCGAGUGUUCGAGCGAUUUCGGUGCGGAAAUUAAGAAAAAACCGGUACAAGUUGACGUUGACAAUGUCGAGUUUACGAUAUCGCCCGCCAGCAAACUGAAAUUGGCCGACAAAUUAAUCAAACGUUUGUCCGACGUCGAUGGUAAAGUUGAAGAGGUGAAGAGAGAUCUUAGCGAGGAGGUAAGCGAUUCAAAGGAGGAGGAAACUGUUAGCAGUCCAAAUAAGAAAGAAGAAAAUGACGCAAAAAAUCAAGAAGGUCCUAUAGAAGGAGAGCCUAGUGACAAAUUGGUGAAAGACGGUCGAAAGAAGGUUGUUAUUAAAGCAAUAGUAGUCAGUAGGAAAAGUCGUGAAAAAAAUGAUGAAGAUGCUUCUACCUCAAAGUCCCCCAUAAAGGAACAGGAGCCGCUAAAAGAUGCCGCGAGCCCAGUUACGGAGGAUAAAUGCGUUGAUCUUAAAGACGAUUCUGCUGAAAAUGAGAAAAAUGAAGAAAAAGCUGUUGAAAAAGAAAAAGGAAGCAAGGAGACUGAAGUGCUGGAAAAGGACACAAAUAAAACACAAGAAGAGGGAGGUGCUGAAUCAACGGAGGCUUCGGAUACUAUUGUCAAUUUUAGUGAUUCUCAGAAUAACAUCGAAAUAGUGAUCCAACCGAAUGAAACAUCAGAAAAACCUCCCGAACUCCCCGCCAAACCGCCAACGCCAACCGAGAAACGUAACAAGACCAAAAGAAAAAGGAGCAUCGAGUUCGACGUGAGUGUGCUAGAAAACCAAAAUAAAGUCCUUAAACUGGUCGAGGCCCUAAGUGAGAAAUCGGAUAAAGAGUCGAUCGAAAUAUCGAGCGGCGUCUCGAUUUUAAAAUCGUCGUUGCAAGCGAGGGCGGCGAUAAAUUCGCUGCGUACUUCGAUCGAUAUUCAACCGGACGAUAUUAAAAGCGAACCGGAUUCGUCGGGCACGGAAGAGCCGCAAGUACAAGAAUUGGAGGCGAAGAAAAAGUACCUGUCGGCCCUGAACAUUUUGGAAAAGGGAGAAAUCGACAUUCAAAAGUCAGCGAAGUCGAACGAAAUCAGGACCAGGUCCAAAACCGAAGAGAAACGCGAACGGUUUCGAGUAAGUAAUGAACCAGAAGUGGUGGAUAACAUGACCAGAGUGAUUGAUGACGUGGCGGUAAAUUUCAGUGCCGACCUGGUGGCCAAGAAAAAACCCGCCCCAUCUAACGCCAACCGAGGAGAAGGAGGUGAAAUAUACGUGAAAUCAUUUGCGAAAUUCGUGCCAGAUUCACCUCAGGAUAAAACCAAAGUCGCUAUGCCCACGAUAAAACAUAGAGCGAGAAAAUCGUUUCCGCAUCCGACUUAUAAGCCGGUACAGAAGCCCGUGACUAGUAUUGCGAUUUCGUUGGCUGUACAACCUAGUAAUGAGAGUAUUUUGAGGUUAACGCCGAGAAUGUCCAUUGCAACAACAACAACAACAUCCCCGGCGACUACAGUCGUAAUGUCUCCGUUGGCCUCCGCCGCUCAACCGCCGAGGGCGACGAUCACGCCCCUUCAGCAAAUGGAGACCAUGAGACCUACGGCGAACGGUUUCUUGAUUUUGCCGCCCUCCCAGCAAGAGGGCGUCGUAUUUUUGCCGCCCAAUCAGACCAUCAACUAUGGCAGUCCCGGUAGUCAAAUGGUUUCUAUGGCGUCGUUGUUAACCGGUGCGGCAGCACGGGGAGGCAAAAUAGCCCAACCGCAAGUGUGGCUCACGGGCCAGACCUCGGAGAAACGCACGAAUUUCGAGUCCCAAAAUUACAUUCCGCAAGGGGAGAAUUCCAACGCUACGAGUACGACCAUAUCGAAUGCGGUGAAAGCGUUGGCGAACGACGUCCAUAAAAUUAUCAACGGGGGAGUCGAUAGUUCGCCGGCUGUUACUGUUUCCGAGGGACUACCAGCCACCCCAUCUGUCACAAUUACAACAAGCAACACUGUACCUGAACAUAGCAGCACAGUAGAUCCAUCGCCGUCGGUUGAAUUGGUCGAGCCGGCAAUGAUGGCCGAAACAAGGGAUGACAACGAGUUUGCAGUUUUAAAUAGUGUAGCGCACGAGAAUAUUUCUCGAGCAGUAAGCGAGAUAAUCAGACGGCCGCCUCCAAAACUGAAACCGCGUCCUCCAGGUCCGCUCAGUCAACAAUUUAACGAAGGCACUCCAAGCACCGCCGGUCCAGUCACGGCUAGAGUUAACUCUAUCGCUCAUAGGCUAGGAGACUACUUCCGUGGCAUGCUUAUAGAAACCCUAGAGGAUUUGGGCAAAAGUAACAACCACGAGGCGACGAUCGCGAAUUUAAAACUGGAAAUCGAAUCGUUGAAGCAUCAGCACAGCAUAGAAAUAUCGGAAAUCGAGAAGAACACCUGCACGGUCCUCAAGGAUUUGCAAAAGAGUAUAGUGGAAGACCGGGAACGGGUUAUCGAUGAAACGAGGGCGGCGUGCGAAGCGGAAACCGUUAGGCGGGUGGAAGAGGCCAAAUCGAAACAGUGGUGCGCAAUUUGCCCGAAAGAAGCCCAAUUCUAUUGCUGUUGGAACACCAGUUACUGCGACUAUCCGUGUCAGCAAAAACAUUGGCCUACGCACAUGAACAAAUGCACACAAAACGGGAAUCAGGCGAAUCAAGUGGGGCCCUCGUCGACGCUCAGGCCCGCCGGGGGGCAGCAACUUAUUUUAAGACCGACGAAUCCCCCGCAAAAAGCCGGCCUCGGGAGGGUUUUUACUAAACCUGUACAAAAGGUGUAUAUGAAUCGAUCUGUGGCGGCUUCGCCAAAAACGAUGAGGGUACAGACGUCAGCAGGCAGCCUUUUAACAAUGAUGGAAACCACCCCGGGUAACUAUCAACUGAUCACGACCAGUCCGAUAGUGCGAACCAACACUACCGUCCGGCCCUCUUUAGUUUCCAUCGCUUCACCCACCAUCAACACUUACUCAAAAACCACCACCUCUUCUACCAAACAGCCUCCAGUAAGGGUCAUUAGUCAUACGAUUCCGGUUACUACUAUGUUAGAGGAGGAAUCAGAUUAGCAGCUGAUUUUUAUUAAGAACAAGUAUUGGCGUAAACUACCUAGCAAAUAGGUAGCAUCGAAUGUUGCCAAGAAACGUGUGAUAUUUUGACUGGGGUAGUUUUUAUGUAAAUAAAAUAGUCGAGCAGCCAAACUGAAAUAUCGUUAGAUGUGUGAGAAGUGUAAACGGACUGCCUACCUAAUUCUAAGAUUGGUUGUAUAUAAAUUAUUGAUCUAAGGAUCUUUAUUACUAUUAUACUUUUCACCCUAUCAUUAUUAUGGUAAUAGUCUUGAAAUGCCAUAAGUUAAUUUCCUGCUUAGAGUUAAAAAAUUAGUUCAGGAUGAUGAUAAAACUUAAUAAAGGACAGUCCUGCGUGGCAUUACAAUAAUAGAUUGAUUAAUGCCUCUGGUAAUAUUUUCUAGGACUUCGUGUAGAUUGAUAUUGGUUUUAUAUGCAUUGAUUUGUACAUACUUUUGAAAUAUUCCCAUGUUUUUUUUUCCUUUAUUUUUGUAUACCUCGACAUAUUUAUAUCCUGUAUUAUGCUAAAAGAUAUACUUUUUCUAUAUUUUUUCCUUAUAAUCUUUAAUUAAGUUGUGUUAACCUUUACCUUUAUGGUGACUUAAUAAACCUUUUUUUAAGAAA